CUGUCGGUUGUCUCGGUGUGAACUUGGUGGCUCUCCAUGCUUUCCACUACCCCAUGGUGGUUGACGCGGAUUUGAGGCAUGAGCCAACAGCCAACCAUCAUAACAAUAUGUAUGCAAGUUUUGCUUCUGCUGGUGUUGACCUGUCAUCGGCAACAAUCUCAGUCUCAUCAUCAUUCGGAUAAAUAGCAUCCCCCGUUUGGUUGGAGAAACUACCGAUCUCGAUCAAGUGACAUCUUUCUUCUUUUUCCCUUUCUUUAAAUCCUCUUUGUUCUCGUGUACACCCAUGUGAGUGUGGGUGUAUUCACGAGGACGUCACCCUUUUGCUGAUCCUGCCUGGCGUAUUCAACUUUACUACGCGGAUGAAGCACUUGUGUGGAUGCCUGGCCAUAUUUCCCCGACUUAAAGAAGAGGAUCAUCAGCACCAGCAAUUGCGGAAACUUGACUGUUCACAUUCAGAUGCCGAAUUCUGCAAGUUUCUCGAUCAUCCGUCGAUGCUUGACGUCAAGGAGCGGUCCGUCUUCGUUCAUGUCGACUUACCAGGCCAAGAAGAUUAUGCGCCAGAUCUGCCUGAAGAUUUCCUGUUUCCGGAUAUGAGGACCAUCGGCCAUGGAUUGAUGGAAGUAAUCGACGCGCUAUCCAUCCCUUACGUCAUCGGUUUGGGUGAAGGAGCCGGUGCCAAUAUCCUGGCUCGAUUUGGAAUGGAUUAUCCCCAACGCAGUCUCGGAUUGAUCCUGAUCCAUUGCACGUCAACCGUGGCCGGUGUCAUGGAAUAUUUUCGUGAUAAGUUGAUCAACUGGAAGCUGUCGAACGUCGGAAUGAAUCCCACGGCGGAGCAGUAUUUGGUUUUUCACAAAUUCGGCCGCUCGUUGGAAGAGCAACUGGAACGGUCGGAGAACAAAGAGAAGGUGAUCAACGAGUACCAACACAAGUUGCGCAGCACCAUCAAUCCCAAGAAUCUCCGUCGCUAUGUGGAGACCUUUCUCAAUCGGACGGAUUUGAGCGAAGUGCUCGAGUCGCAACUCAAGACUGAUGUGAUGCUCGUAGCCGGAAGUCUGGCAUCUCACUUGCACACAGUACGCACUAUGGCCAACCACUUGAACAAGACGAAAUCGACGCUCGUCCUGAUCGAUGGAGUAGGUGACGUUCUCAACGAAGCUCCGGAAAAGUUUGCGCACAAUUUGGUUCUCUAUGUUCAAGGGCUUGGAAAGCUGAGCUCCCUUCCAGUGACUGGAAGUUGGAACGCGCGUAGCCGUACCACAUCGCAAAGUUCGGACGCCCAAGAUGCGGAAGCCGGUCGCCAUCGAUCCCGCGCCAUGUCCAUGGAAGAGUACGACAUCCCCAACGUACGGCGCUUGAGUCUGGCCAAAAAGGAUUGACGACUGCAAUCAGCAGCCGUAUAAAUAUUGCGAUAUCUCAUUGAAGUUUACAAUUAUAUAGUUAUGUUUGUUAGCUUUAGUUUAGAAGGGGGAAAAGUCAUCAAUGUUCUCUGUUGAUUUAUUAAGAAUAAAUAUUAAGCUCUUGAGUGUGCGCCUAGUUAAUUGAAAUGCUUUUUUUAUCUUCGUUCUUCUUAUAUGGGAUAUUAUUAUGUUUCAGUCAGUGUAGGAUUUUGUUUUGCUCCCAAUUUUGUUCCUGAUUGUUACAUAACCUCGUUCGAAAGGAUUUGUCUUUGUUUCGUUGGAUUCGGUCUUUUUCUCUCCCACAAAGCAAACAAUUUCUUGUAGCGGUUCAGAUGCCGUAAAGAUUCAGAAAAUAAAUCAAUUGAUUUCCUUA